GCUUAGCGCUACGGUUCCCACGGCUUGACGCUGUGCAUUGUGGAGCCCCGGUUGGCGUUGCCAGCGCUGUUGACGAUUCAGAGAAGCUUGGUCUGCUAGAAAAUGGUGUGCUCAAGGAGGUGCAGGUGCAAACAGGUGAACUCUUCAGAUUAUCUACUUCAGUUGACCAUGUUGGAUCCAGAGCCCCUCUGUCUUCUCCCCAGCGCUGGCUGCUCAAUAAAGCGCGAGGCAAACCAUAUGGAAGGAUGCUAUCUAACCGUCCAAAGGUCUUUCUAUCAUCCUCGUAUCAAUAAGAACCCACAUGGCGCUAGCGCGCGUUCCCUGCGUCGCCAUAAGCUUUGGAUGACAUCGGGCGCCAGAAUCAUCCUUUUUCCCGCUAGCACUGGCGAAUUCCCAUUCUGUUCACUCCGUAUGCGUUGGCAGUUACAAUCAUCCCAUCAUUCGACCGAGAAUAUAAGCCUGCUGGCAGGCUUCAUGAGGGCUUCACCACCUCUCCCUCGGUGAUCCCCUCGUCCCCGGUCGGUCUGUCCGCCUUCGUGCACUGGCACUAGAGUCCACACAGUUACGCUUCAGCUGGUCCUGAUCCACACUCACUCAUACACGCUUAACGCUUCACUGCCAUGUCCUCUGUGCUACUCACGCUUGCGCUCGCCGGCCUUGCCGCAGCGACUCCGACCCCCAUCCGCCGCCAGAGCAUCACCACGCUCGGCCAGUCUGAUAUCAACGGCUUCACGCCCUAUACGUGGUAUGCAUCCGCCGGGUACUGCCCAGCAAACGAGACGAUCAACUGGAGCUGCGGCACGAACUGUGACAGCAACUCAGGCUUCAAGCCGAUCGCGUCGGGCGGCGACGGCGACUCUGUGCAGUUCUGGUACGUCGGGUUCGACCCGAGCAUGAACGAAAUCAUCGUCGCGCACCAAGGCACGGAUCCGUCCGAGUUCGAGUCGCUCCUUACGGACGGAGAGUUUACGCUCACGAACCUGAACGGCAACGCGACGCUCUUCCCUGGGAUUGACGACUCGAUUCAGGUGCAUCGGUCAAUCUCCCCGACAAGACCGUUGACAAACCAAGGAUUAUCAAUGGGAAUCGAUGCCGGGCUCGAAAAAUGCACAAGUUGA